GUGUGUGUGUGUGUGUGUGUGUGUGUGUGUGUGUGCAGCUCCAUCAUGGGCUUCAUCAGUAAGGAGAGGGAGAAGGCUCUGCUCAGUGAUAAGUGUCCCGGGACCUUCCUGCUCAGGUUCAGUGAGAGCAGCAGAGAGGGAGCCAUCACCUUUACCUGGAUGGAAUACGACCUCUGCAGUGAGUGAAGGACUGAUGCUGUUCAUGUCUUAUGUAAAGGAAGAAUGUGAGACUCUUUGAUCCAGUAGAUAUCUCCCUUUAGCACCAGCAUUAAACCAGAAACAUACAAUAUGCCCAGAUAGGUCGUGCUGUGCUACCCCCAAAACUUUCCGCUCAGUAUCUGACAUUUUCUGAUAUUUAAAUUGAAGAACAGUUUCCUACUCCCUCUCUCUCUCUUUCACUCUGUGGAGCCGUACACGAAGAAGGAGCUGUCGGCCGUCUCUCUGCUCGACAUCAUCCGUACCUACAAAGUGAUGGCUGCCGAGAACAUCCCCGAGAACCCGCUCCGCUUCCUCUACCCCAACAUCCCAAAAGACAAGGCCUUCGGGAAAUACUACCCCAAACCCACAGAGACUCAGGAGCCCAUGGAUGUGGAGAACAAUCCAGAGAGGAGCAGCUACAUGAAGACAGAGCUCAUUUCUGUCUCUGAAGUACAUCCGUCCAGACUGCAGGACAACAUGUUGCCCAUGUCUCCUGAUGACUACAGGGCUUUGUCACAGUUAGUCGGCCCCAGAGACAUUGAUGCUGUGGUGAGUAUUUUGAUAAGCUGCUGAACCAGCUUCUGUGAGCACCUCUUUAAAUACUGCUGUUGACAGUCUGCACAGGGGUUUUUUUUUACAGGUGAAGAUUUCUGUUAAUUCAUCACCUGUAAAGAAACAACACCUCAGAUGAUUGUAGACGAGUAAACUGCAUGAUAUGUCCAUCUGAGAUGAACCGGUAGAUGUGUAGAAAUUUAAACCCAGCUUUACUCUGUCUGUAUUUAUCUGUUAUUUUGUCCUUAUUGAUCUUAAAUGCAGUUGCUUCAAGUAUUGUUGUGUCGCAAACCAGUAACCAAAGCUUAAAUUUGGAGAUGUUUUUAUGGGGUUUGGCCAGUAAUGGGAGCUAAGUUUUGCUGUGUGUUUUUUCUUCCUCUUGCUCUGCUCAGACCAACAAUCUGCUUGGAUUUGAAGAGCUUGAUGUUCAGGUAGAGGCAGCCUCAGUUUGUUGCUCUACACUGAAUAGUGCAUCAGCUUAAGUGUCAUUUUCUUUAUGUGUUGUUGCAUG